GAAGUGCGAAACGUUAUCCUCUUUCUCCCUUCGUCCAUGGAGACCGCGAGGCCGAUGCUCCGGUCUGCGCUGAAGAUCCCCCCAACUCCCUUAUCUGUCUCCACCAACGGCGGCGGCGGCGGCAGGUCCCUCCGGGUAUUCUCCGUACCCACUCCGAGUCCCACAGCAGCGCUGUCUCUCUUCUCCAAACCUCUAAAACCUUCUCUUCCCCACCCAGUGCGGACCAAGAUCGCCUUUUUAUUCAUCAAGUCGGUUCAUUCAUUUGAAAACCCUCAUUGGCUUUCGAUUAGACGAGGAAAAGGUUAUUCUUUUACUGGUGAAACAGUUUUUUCCCCCACUAAUUUGGGCUGUUCGUUUGGUUCAGUCCACCUCGCAGUUUCUAGUGGUCAGCCAAGCGUGAGUGCCACUUUGGAAACAGUUGAAUGGGCUAUGCAAGAUUUCUAUGCAUUGAGAAAGGAUGUUGAAGUUGCUGCAGUGCGUGUGGAAGACAUAAGGAUGUCAGCUGGUCUGGAACUGUUAGAAGCUGAUCUUGCUUCACUGGAGAAGAAGGCUGCAGAUGAUUCUCUAUGGGAUGAUCGAGCAAAGGCACAGGAAAUACUUCUUUCCUUGACUGAUGUGAAAGAGAAAAUCAAGUUGCUCAAUGAUUUUAAAUCUCAGAUUGAAGAAGCUGAAACAAUAGUGGCGCUGACUGAAGAGUUAGAAACUAUAGAUAGUAGUCUCCUACAAGAGGCUUCUAAGAUAAUUAGAGGGUUAAGUAAGGCUCUAGAUCGGUUUGAGUUGACACAACUUCUUUCUGGGCCUUAUGACAAGGAAGGUGCACUAGUUACUAUAACAGCUGGUGCUGGCGGUACUGAUGCGCAGGAUUGGGCAGAUAUGCUACUUCGCAUGUAUGUGAGGUGGGGAGAGAAGCAAGGAUACAAGACAAAGGUGGUUGAGAAAUCUCCUGGAGAGGAAGCUGGAAUUAAAUCAGCUUCAAUUGAAAUUGAAGGUCGUUAUGCCUACGGGUAUCUGUCAGGAGAGAAAGGAACACACCGUAUUGUUCGCCAAUCACCAUUCAAUGCUAAAGGCCUUCGCCAGACUAGCUUUUCCGGUGUGGAAGUUAUGCCCCUUCUUCCUGAAGAAUCUUUAGAUGUAGAUAUACCCGAAGAAGACCUGGAAAUCAGCUAUUCUAGGGCUGGAGGAAAAGGAGGACAGAACGUGAACAAAGUGGAAACAGCUGUUCGGAUCGUUCACAUUCCCACUGGAGUUGCAGUUCGCUGUACAGAGGAAAGAACUCAAUUGGCUAACAAGAUAAAGGCCCUCGCGCGUUUGAAAGCCAAACUGCUAGUGAUUGCCGAGGAACAGCGGGCUUCUGAAAUCAAACAGAUAAGAGGUGAUGCAGUGAAGGCAGAGUGGGGUCAGCAGAUCCGCAACUACGUCUUCCACCCAUACAAGCUUGUAAAAGAUGUGCGAACUGGGCACGAGACCUCUGAUAUCUCAUCGGUGAUGGAUGGCGAACUCGAACCAUUUAUCAAAGCUUACCUGAAGCACAAAUACACUGCAAAUGUUGCUGAAGCCAGAGCUUGAAGUAGCAGAGCUUUCCAAGUAUUUAUAUAUUGUAGUAUUCUGCAACUACAUUGAUAAAACGGAUGGGAAAAAAGGAGCUACUUUUAUCAAGCGCACAUGAACCUGAUAUUUUAUCAAUUAAUACAAAGGUUUUUACUAA